AUUCAAUUCCAUUCGUUCGUUCAUAUUCGCAACUCGCGUUUGUUCGCUUAAUUAGUUCGCUUCCAUUAUUCUCUACCGAGUAUACCUAUUACCUACAUAUUACCUAGUCGAGCCGCCGAGAGUGAUAUUAUGAAUGACGUUACUUUGCCAAUUCAGUUGAAAAAUUAGAUCUGUUAGACUGAACAAUAUCCUGAUAGUGGUUAAUACAAGUGUUAGUUUGUUCUGUUCUUACAUAAAUAUCACAUCAAACCGGGAUGGACCAGGAAUAUUCUGCUAUCAUAUAUGUACCGAACCGCGACCAGUGGCGCAACGACAUAGAAUAUGCCCGACUCUGGACCCACUUGAAUUCAGAUUGGGUUAAUAAAUACUUAGUUCAUUUCCGAAAAUAUCAGAGAAUUAUAGCACCCGAACUAGAAACCAGCCCGUGGGAUUAUUCAAUUCAAGAUUAUUGCGCUCAACUGAAUAACUGCCAACAAACUCAGCAGCGUUCAGAUCAAGAUCAACAGUUUCUUUACCAGAAAGAAGAAUUAAAACAAUACCAAGAUUUCAUCAUGGAGAAGCUAGAAGGCGCCCAUCUGUACGUUAAUAAUUUAAUCCACAAAUUAUACAACACAGAACUGUACAAUUGGGAGAGGAAUCAGCAAGCGCACGGAAAUGGAUACGAUUUGGAUUAUGGAUGUUUAGAUUUAAUACAAUCUUGGUGUAAAGAUCUAGUCAAAAUAUCUUCGGAUAAUAAGAAGCAGUUCGAAGAUAUGAAGCUAUUGGCUUUCACGAUUGCCCGAUAUAUUGGUGUAACAGAAGUUGUAAAUAACGUUAUCAUCGAAUUAGAUGGCCAAUUCACCAAAUUGACACAUUGUCUGAUGAAAAAUACUUUUGUAAUAGAACAACAACCACCCCAGGUGCUAAAAAUCGGCAAUAGAUUUUCAGCCAAGAUACGUUUAUUGAGUUUUGAGGGCAUAAUAAUGAAGAGUCCUUUUCGGGUCAAAGUGUCCAUCCUCAAUGCACAACAAGCAGUCAGCGGGGUAAUUUUGAAUAAUACCGGAAUGAUGGAAUAUAACCAAGUCAAAAACGAAGUAUCGCUCACGUUUGACAAAAUGCAAUUACAAAGUGUAAAUCGAGCGGAAAGGAGAGGUUUAGAAUCAGUCACGAACGAAAAAUUUACACUCAAUUUUACUACAGCAUUCGAGAUAGAAGGCGAAAGUGGAAACGAAACUGUAAAAGUCCACACUCUAUCAUUACCUGUAACGGUGGCUGUCCAUGGAAUCCAAGAGCCAGAUGCUUGGGGCACCAUCAUGUGGGACAAUGCUUUUGCUGAGUAUCCUCGCAACCUUUUUACUGUACCAGAUGAAGUAAACUGGGAAAAAUUAGGUACCAUGCUAAACAUGAAGUUUGCAUCUGUCACCGGUAAAGGAUUAUCAGCCAAUCAUUUGAAGAACUUGGCUGAAAAAUUACUUGGGUUUCGAGAUGACGUCACUGAUGACUACAAUUCGAUGACAAUCUCCUGGAAAAAAUUCAACAAGGACAAGUCAGCGAUAUUGGAAAACGGAAAGGAGAAGAAGCUGAUCACGUUUUGGGAAUGGUUUUAUGCGAUCAUGAAACUGACCAAACAGCACUUGGAACCGUUUUGGAAAGCUGGGAAAAUCCAUGGAUUUGUGGACAAAGAACAAGUCGAAAAGAUGCUUAGCACAUGUCCCGAUGGUACAUUCGUACUAAGGUAUUCCAAUACCGUUUUAGGGGCAGUACACGUUGCCUGGGUUGGACCGGAUACUAACGGGCAGAAAGCGGUCAAAAUGCUGAAUCCGGUUACCGCCAAAGAUCUUGAAAUUCGUUCGCUAGCUGAUAGAUUAGAGGAUAUUGGGUACUUAACUCACUUGUAUCCUGAUAUACCGAAGCGCGAAGCAUUUAAUUGUACCCCACUUCCUGAUGUACCUAUUACUUCCCCCUAUGGCUACGUGCAGAUUAAAUUAAUAACUUUUGUGCCUGGGUUUCAAGGCAUAUUCAGUCUUUCGCUAGCACUUGCGCAAUGGUUGGAAAAUCCAAACUUCAAUAAGCUGCCGAAAAUUGGACCGUCAAACUCAUACAUUGCCCCAUCAACGCAAUCGACGUCCAAUUUGGGAUCUACAUUAACGCUGCCACCGGAAUCAAAUAUUAGCCCUGAUAAUAACGCCAUGGAUACGUCAGACGAACCACCCGUAAACAACUACGAGUAUGUGCCAUUAUUUCGGCAACUAGAUAAUUGCACCAGAGAUACUUUGAAUUGCGUCCAGUAGACAAAUUUUCAUAGGUACCCGGAUAUACACCGACAAUGUACGAGUACAUACCAAAUUUGGCUAUUCAUAGAUGCUAAGCUCAAAUAAAUGUGUUACCUAGGAAACUGAUGUAUUUUGAUUUGAAGUUGGUAGAUAUAAUUAUUUGAAAAAGUGUUUUACUUUUAGGGCUACGCCGAGUCCUCUAUUUCGUAAUUUUGUUUUCAAUUUUUUGCAGUUUUGAUAUACUUACCUACUAACUUGUAGGUAUUUUUUAAGUAAGUUGUUUUUUUUUUUGAAUUAAUAAUAUUUAUUCUAGAUAUUAUAAUUUUCUAUUUGUAUAUAUGUAUAGUAGAUACUUAUAAGAUGAUUUAAUAUAAAACUCAUAUUUCUUCCUGAAUUUUAGAUGCGUUUUAACAACGAUGUUUCGUAAAAAAAAAAAAAAACAAUACUUUUGUAACUUUGGUGUCUGGAAUAUUUUCUGGGCUAAAUAUUUGUGGUUGUGAUUUUCAAUUUU